AUGGCCUCCCUACUGAGUCUUCCCCCCGAGAUACAACGACAGAUCUUCGGAUAUCUCCUCGUUCCCGGCUGCAUCGAGUUCGGCAAAGCCAACCAGAAGUGCAAUGCGAUCAUAACAUACACGAUCUGGGAUCAGAUGGAGCCAGCAGAAGGACCGCAAAGAUGGCGCCUGCUCGACUUUAGCUCUCGCUACGCAUGGUAUCGCAGAUUGAGCGCCUUGUUGACCAAAUUCGGAGCGAAUUCGCAGUAUCUCCAGUGGCAACUGCAGCGGCGAGUAAGAGCAGGGACAGGUCCUCACACUCCGAUCAUCUACGACUUACGAGGAGUCCCAUUCCGCUCCCGUGCAAUCUCCAUUGCACGUGAUCAAGCCACAUGUCCCUGCGGCCACUGCGAACAGCGUGAGGCAUACGGCCUCACCAAUACAUGGCCUCGCGAAUCUUACAUACAAGGUGGCUGGAGGAGAGCAGUACGGAUCGAUGACUUCCUUGCACCUCUGCUGGUCUGCCGGCAGCUCUAUCGCGCACAUCGGUCGAUGAUAUUCUCGGAAAACAUCUUCUCAUUUCAGGACCCAUGUGAUCUGGCGGAAUUCUUGCUCCGGCUGCGUCCGUGGUGA